GUCUUGUCUGAACAGGAAAUUCCUCUAUACAUCGCUUUAAAUGGCAGCUUAGAAAAGAAAACCUCAGUUUCAACUUCCGAGGACUUGUCACAGACGUAUGCGAAUCAAGUUAACUAUUAACAUCUCUGCGGUUGAGUUACGCUUCCUAAGAAAGAUAGCACUCGAAAACUAGAGUAUAUCGAAACCCUAGACGCUUGAAAACGUAAAUUAUCUGGAAUACCUCGCUGCUUUCGUCAUGGAUUGUUGUUGAACAGCGAAUUGUUGGAAAAACUAUGGCUGAGUUAUUGCGAUCUGAAACAAAUUUGAAACCUAGCGAGUUGAAGGCAGCUUACAAACGAAGCCAACACAUUGAUGCCUUACUAGACAAAGAACGAGAAGAGAGGCAACAGGAGAUUCAAAUAUUAACCUUAGGGUCCGGAGGUUCUGGCAAAAGUACGUUUAUUAAACAAUUGAAAAUCGUUUAUGAUAAUGGUUACAACGACGAAGAACGGCAAGAAUUUCGCUCCGUCAUUUACAGAAAUAUUUACGAAAAUGUAUGCAAAAUAACGCGAGGACUGGAAAAAAUUGGACUCCACUUCGACGACGAAAACGUUAAGUCCUUUGCCGAAGGUUGUGUAGCUCAAGACGACAGCAACUGUGAUAAUAAUAACGCAGUGUUCUCGCCGGUCAACAAAGCUGAUGUUUUAGAAGCGUUCUGGAAAGAAUCGUGUGUGCAGGAGUGCUACAAGAAGCGUUCAUUGUUUCACAUUGAUGAAACCUCGAAAUAUUUCUUUACAGACAUCAAUCGAUUAGCGAAAGAGGAUUACGUACCAGAAGCCCUUGAUAUCCUUCGAGUGAGAGAUAGAACGCAGGGAGUGGUAGAGAGAAAUAUAAAAGUCAAUGAUUACAAAUAUAGAGUGAUUGACGUCGAGGGUCAAAAGAGUCAGAGAAAGAAAUGGAUCCACUUCUUUGAUGGUGUCACGGCUGUAGUCUUCUUUGCUUCGUUAAGCAGCUAUGAUGAAGUUUUAGAAGAAGAUGAAGCAGUGAAUGCCAUGCGAGACAAUUUGGAUUUAUUCGAGGAAAUAUCAAACUGCGAGUACUUAUCUGGCACGCAGUUCAUCCUGUUUUUGAAUAAACAGGAUUUGUUUAAAGAAAAACUCACUACAUCACCCUUGUCAGACUGCUUUCCAGAUUAUGAAGGUGGUGCAGAUUACGAGAAGGCGGUGUCAUACGUCAAGCAGGAAUUUCUGUCGCGGAAACCCGCUGACAAGGACAUCUUCGUCCACGUGACUUGCGCAACGGACACAGACCCAAUGAAGACCGUUUUGCAAAAUGUCUUUGAAAUAUUAGUUGAAAUCAACUUGAAGAAAAUAGCUGUGCUUUAGGUCGAACGUGUGAGAACUCUUUUAGAACAAAUUAUUGAAUGAACUUUAAUAUUUUAUGAGAAAAUAAAAAUUAACACAUACUCUUCUUAAA